AGUGCUUCUCCUCUUUUACACUUUCCUUCGAUUUUAUUAAAAUUAUUUCUCCUCUUUGCGAACGUAUCCGCCCCUCUCUCUCUCCCCCAGCUUACUACACAGAUAAGUUUAAUAAAGCUGCCAUCUUCUUUUCCUCAUCUUGAAGGUGCGAUGAAUCGUUCAUAGUGUCUCUCCUCUCGCGUGUUCUUAUCAACCUCCCUUUGUUUUCUUCGUCACCUUUUCAGAUCUCCGCAGUUGCUGCGUGUGAAAGGAACCGCCAACAACAACCAAAAAAGAAAACAAUCGGAGCUGUGCCGCGUGUGCGAAUCCAAAUCUUCUCUCUGCAGCGACGCUACGGAAGUGGGAGACCUUUCCCCCUCUUCCUGAGUUUGAAACGGCGUUUCUUCUCUAAGAGUGGGAGAUUGUCAUUGCGUUCGUGAUUUCUUCUUCACACCCCCACUUGUUUCUCAUCUUCUUGUGUUUUUUUUUUUUGUUUCUUCUUAACGCGUUAGAUCAAAUUAGAAAUCGGCAAGCGCACAUUUCUUUCUUUUUGCUUCUCUUCUUUCAGCCACGGGGUUACCUUUCCCCAGAAACAUCGUUUUUCACUCAAACACUUACUCUUGACUUGAGUUGUCUUCAGUUACUUUUUUUCUUCUUGUUUCGUCGUAGCCCCCUUGUUACCUGACGUUCUCUGCCUCUUUUUUUUAUUUGUAAGGUUGAAAGGAUUGACCAGGUUCUUCCUCCUUAGUGAAGAGAGCCGUCGUUCAUCUUCCGUUUUCACGUUACGAGGAGUCACUCGGGAAGGAAUUUGUUGGCUUCCGUUUAUUUCCCGACCGCACCGACGACGACAUCAAAAGUUACCGAACGAACAAACAAAGAUUUGCGUUUUCUUUUAUUGUUUUUUUUUUUGCUGUUUAUUUUUAUUUUAUGUCUAACUGUGAAUUGCUUUAAGAAUCCUUUCCAUAAAACGUUGACUUGAGAACGAACUCUGUACCGUGUUUUUCCCCUCUUCUACUUUUCCGUUUUUCUUUUAACCUUUCCAAGAAUAUUUGGUUUCAGCCCUGUUUUUUCCUUCGGAGCGGUCUGGCAAACGAAGUGAGUUUUCUUUUCUUAAAGUCCGUACCAACACUUUCUUUUUCCUUUUUUUGUGUAGCGACGGCGAUCAAAAAACUUCUUUCUAUAAUCGCAACAGCAAAAAGUUCCUCCUUUAUUGUUUUUGAAACGCUUCCUUCGUUAAUACACAUAUAUCCUUACAGCAUCAACAUCAAACAAGAAGACGAUAUCUGCGAAUGUAUUCAAGACACGACAUGAUGUACAACGUCUACCCCGCCCAGCACAAUGCGGGCCCGAACGCCGGCAACGCCCAAUACCCCGUCUACAACAACAGUGUGCACAACAAUGUGCCCAGCGUUCAGGCGAACACGAUGAUGUGCGUCUUCGGCAACGCCGGUGGCGGUGGCGCCUACGGCAAGCGCAUGGACCCCAACAUGGCUACCCCCUACGAGUAUAACGGCGUCAGUAAUACCUUGGGCGGCAACCGCGGCUACAGUGGACGCGGUGGUGGCGGCCAUCACAGCACCAACAAUACGAACCUUCGCGGCGGGAGCGCGCACCGCGGUGGUGGUGGUGUCGGUGGCGGCAGCUACGAGCAGCAGAUGCUCCCCGACUACGAAGUUCACGAUAAUCAGCUCAAGGCACCGGUGGCGGUGACCGUGGAGACCGUGGUGCCGACGAUUGGCAGCAGCCGCCUCUUCAGUCGUCCACCAAAACCGAUCGUGUACGGCUCGCGAAGCGUGGUGCGCAUCUGCGACGCCUUCCAGGAGGGCCGAUGCCUGGCGGGGGAUAAGUGCCACGACAUCCACGUGAAACCGGAGUUCCUGGCGGAGACGCGCAAGCAGAUGAGCGCGUGGCUGAUGAACCGCGAGAACGAGUUCCGGCAAACGCUCGAGACAGACCCCAACAAGACGUUCCGCAUUUUCGUCGCUGACCUAAAAGAGGUGGUCGAGGUGCCUGUGGGGUCGGUGGUCUUCACGAAAGGUCUUUACGUGGACCCCACUACCCGUGCGAAGCGCGCGCGGGGAGCCGGCAACCACGCUCACUCCCACGCCGUCAUGCAGGUGCCCACGAACUGCGGCCUCUACUCGACCGAUCCGGCGCUGUGUAAGUGGGGACGUUGGUGCAACCAGGUCCACAUCGACCAUGGGUGGAUGCAGUCGAAGAAGGAGGAGUUCGAUCACUGGUUCAACGAGCUCCAGGCACGCUACUUCUCCCUCGCCCCGGAUGACAACUUCACCGUGCACGAUCCGAAGCUCAAGAUGAGUAUUAGCUUGCCCAAGUUUAGCAUUGCCGACUUCUCGCGUGGCCUUUUUCAGGGCUCCAUGAAGAAGCUGGCGAGUGUGUGUCUGCUGUACCAGCGCGGAAAGUGCACGGCGGGCUCGUGCUGCAACCAAAUCCACGUCGUGCCGCUGUACCUCAGCCUCGCACGGGAGUACGCCACGCUGAAGCAGUCGCCUAACGCGUCGGCCGAGGAGAAGCAGCGCGUGACGCACGAGAUGGAGGCGCUGCGCGGCCCCUGCGUGGAGCGGCAGCAACGAGAGCAGCAGGAGGCAGAGGAAGCGGCGGCCGAGGCAGCGGCGGCAAAGCAGAUCGCCUCCGACCCGCUAGCGGAGAACAACUCCGGGCACAUGCACUCGAGCAGCGGCAACGCCGAGGACGAUCUCGGUGUGAGCGCGGCACUCAUCGAGCACGUCCAGGUCGACGAGGACGCCGAGCCCGUCAGCCACCCCGCCAGCGCCAACACCUCCCUAACGCGUCGCCUCAACAUGAGCGCGCAGGACAUCAGUCGGCCGGGUGGACGCCACAUGAACAGCGACGGUAGCUAUAGCUUCAACCCCUACGGCAGCGUCACGUCUCUCCCCGAGGCGUCGGCGUCGUACGGGCGUGCACCGGCGGCCCGCGGCCUCAACGGGCUCAACUUGGACAACAGCGGCGCCAUGCAGUACACACCCGGCAACGUGCAACUGCACGCGACAGGGACGAAGGGUUGCCGCCGGCUCGUCGCCGUCAUUUCCCCGGAUGCGAGCGGCAGCAUCGACGAGAUUCACCGGAUCGAUGAGAUGGGGACGAGUAGCACUGUAGACGGCUGCAUGUCCACCAACCUCGUGAACCGCCACAUGUACACACCGAACGUGCUGCGGGCGGGCGGUGGCAACGGCAACAACGGUGGUGCCUACCGUCCCGCCGUGCACCACCGCAACGUCGGCGAGCCCUCCUUCGACAACCCGGCGGCGCAUGCGCAGGGCGGCACUCUACACCCGAUGGACUUCGACGCCAGCCUGCACUUUUCGCCAUCGCCGCUGCUGAACUUCGACGCGUCCAGCACGAGCCUAUACCGCAACGGCUCGACCCGCGACGAGGAGGCCGUGAACAACACGAAUAUGCGGCUUGCCAUUCCGAAUGGCGAUGCUGGCUACCCGGGCAACUCGUUGAGUUCGCAUCUGUACAUGGCUUCCUCUGCGCAGCAGUCGACGCCGUUCACCGCAUCUAAGAACCGCUUCAGCUCCAGCCCCGCCGUAGCUCGUCCGCGCGCGCAGCGGCCUUCGACCUCCUCGCUCGCCGAGUUUUCCGCGCAGUCAAACAGCAAUCUGAACCUUAGCGGGUCGUCGCAUUCCAACCCAUCUGCGCAGCACGCGGUGGUGAGUGAGGACGACAACCCGCGCUAA